AUGUGGUUGAGAUCAAUCACAAACCCAACCAUCCGCACCCGUCGUAUAGCAACAUCCUCCUUUUUCAUCGCCACUUUCGCAGCAUCAAUCCUAACCGUUUCCCUCUCAGCAUCAUCCAUUUUACCCUGUCCCGCCAAUAGAGCACCUAGAGGAACCAGCGCACAAGCUCAAGUCGAAAAUGAAUAUAUCGCAAGAGAGGCUACAGGAGUGGAAGAGGAAACAAUACCAACUGGACAAAAGGUGCUACUAACGAGCAAGCGAGGUUGGAUCCAGAUUGAACAGCCCAUACCAAGUAAAAGGCUCCAGGUGCAAGCGGUUGGGGACAAGGCAUAG